GGCCCUCCGCUGAAUGCAGCUUUGCUGGCACUUGCUGAGAGCACAGAAUUUCUUCAGCUGGACUUGGCUCUCAAGAAAUUUUGGACCAGGAGAAGGGCCUAGGAAAAGAUACUCUGAUCCUUCACAAAGAAAAGGAGAAAGGCAACAUCUGCUCGUCAAAAGAAGUCUGGGAGAAGAAUGUUAGGCAUGGGUCCCUAGGAGCAUAUCCUGCCUUCUGAUACCUUACGCUGAAGAAAACUGCCCCUUUCAGAGUGAGAGGAAGAUAGUGUGAAAGUGAAGAACAUCUCCCUUGAAAAGAGAAGAUCAAGUCUGGAGUUUCUCUGACUUCGUCUGAAAUUGUAGGGAUGAUCAAUUUGUUUAAGAAACCUUACAAGAAGAAAGCCGGCAAGUUCCAGCCUUUCAAGAAGCUCUUCGGCAAGAGGAAGAAACGAGAGCCGGCGCCGGACUGCGGGGAAGCCACGCUGAAGCCGAGCCACUCCUUCGGGAAUGUCUGCAACGGCGCCUCCUCGUCGGACGAGGAAGCCAACGGAGGGCUGAGGUCUUCCCAUUAUUCUAUGGGCACUCGAGCAUUUUCCCAUGACAGCAUUUUUAUACCUGAUGGGAGAGCAGAGAGCGAGCAGGCGAUCCAAGCAAUGUCACAGGAGAACAUUCUAGGAAAAGUCAAAACUCUUCAGCAACAGUUGGCCAAGAAUAUUAAGUUUGGGCAGCCCCCACAAAUGACAGUUUCUAUGAGGACAACGGGGGAGGCAAACGCCAGCGUCGAAGAGGAUCUGCUGCUCGGUGCCCCCAUGGAGGUUGACACUGAGCAGGUCACGGCGCUGCCAGACGGUGGCAAUAAAUCAAUUGAUACUGCAGAUCUGUUGAGGACUAUGAAUCUGCCUGGAGCAGGACACGAAGUGGAAGCAAAGGUCGCCCCAGUCAAAUCGUCUCGGCCAAAAAGACAGUUUUCCUGCUCGGGCACAAUUGAAACGAUCAAUUUGGAUGCGGUUCCCCAGGCGGUUGCUCGUCUGGACAACAGUGCAGCUAAACACAAGCUGUCAGUAAAGCCAAAAAAGCAGCAGAUGUCAAGAAAACACAGGAGAUUAACAAAGGGAUCACAGAGUUUAACAGUAACAGAAUUUGAGCCAGAGGAUCUAGACCCUGAGCUGUACACAGAAAGGUACCCAGCUUACAUCACAGCAGACAGGCUCAUCCAGAACAAAGAUGAACAGAGGGAGCUUCAGCUGGCAGAAAAGAGGAGAAUCGAAGAUCACUGGGGGAUCUUUGAGGCCGAAAGGAUAAGGCAGAUUGUAGAGAUGGAGGAACAAAGAGAAAUGGAAGAGCAGAGGUGCCAAGAACUUGAGCAGUUGCAGAAAGAGCAGGAAAGGAGGCCUUGCGAAGAGGAGAGCCAGCAGCAGCUCCUGGAAGCAGAGACAUCUUUGAAAACUGAGGAGCWAACACACGAGGAAGAGGAGAGACGACGCCAGGAAACACUCCAGGAGGAGGAGAAGAGGCACGAGCUGGAGCAGCAGAGGCACAAGGAGCUGGAGAAGCAUCAGAGGCAAAAGCUGGAGGAGGAGAAGCGCCAGGAACUGGAGGAGCAGCAGAGGAGAGAACUCGAGGAGCAGAAGCAGCGGGAACGGGAGCUGCAGAGGUGCAGGGAGCUGGAGGAGCAGCAGAGACAAGAGCUGGAGGAGCAGAAGAGGCUAGAGCUGGAAGAGCUGAGGCAACAUGAGAUUGAAAGGCAGUGUCAAGAAGAACAGCAAAAACAUCUGGAGGAACAAAAAGAGCUGGAGGAAGAGAACAGGCAAGAGAAACAGAGACAAGAGCUGGAGAAAGAGCUGCAAGAGGCUGAAGUGAGACUGGUGGAUGAGAAAGAGGCCGAGACCGUCAAACAGCAAGAGAAACCAGAGGAACAAAGGCAGCAUUUGAAGGAGGAAGAAGGAGAAAAGAUGGAGGAGGAGCAACCCCAGCAAGUGCUGGAGAAGCAACAGAAACGGGAAGAGCAGAGAAAACAUAAGCUCACCAAGCAAAUGCACAUGGAGAGUGAAGACAGUGUGCAGCAAGAUGGACUGGGGAAGCAAGAGGAGCCAAAGGAACAAGAACAGAGCAAGCUGGAAGAGCAGAAGAUAGAUGCAGAAGGACAAAGUCUUCAGGAAAAGCAACAAGAACAAGAGAAAUCCUUAGAAGAACAACAGGACAAGGAUCUUCUGUCUUGUGGAGGAGCUGACCAGCACCCAGUAGAGGAGAAGCUCCAAGAAGACUCAAGACCCCAGAACAUCAAACAGCCAGAGAAAGAGAAUAAAACAGCGGAGGAAAUGCUAGUCCAGAAACUGAAGAGAGAGGUUGAGGCCCAGGAGCAGAAGCGACUAGGGGAAGAGCUGAGGUGGCAGGAGGUGGAUGAAAGGCAGACUGCAUCCCGAUCCUUCACAUUCCAGGURUCUUCUGGGGAGAAGCAGAUCCUGUUCCAGAAGGUGAACCUGAGCCCCGUGGUGCCYGGCAGGGCCGCGGGGCUCCCGGCCUCCCCCAGCAGGGAGCACAGGGCCCUCGCCUGCACCAGGGGCUCCCGCACGCUGCCCUCCUCCGGGGGCGUCCCGCACACGGCCAUCCUGGUGACCGGAGCGCAGCUCUGCGGCGCCGCCGUCAACCUGAACCAGAUCAAGGACACGGCCUGUAAAUCGCUGCUCGGUUUGGCCGAGGAACGCAAACCCGUGGACGUGCCCUCGCCGGAGAAGGCCCCGAGAAGGGCGCCGGAGCCCAGGGCCGGCAGCGCCAGGACGAGGCAGGCGCAGGAGGCGCUCAGCAGCCAGGCCAUGCUGGCCGAGUGGGCCUCCAUCCGCUCGCGCAUCCUCAAGAGCGCCGAGAGCGGCAAGUACGGCGAGAAGGAGCGGGGCGGCGCCUGCCGGCACAGCGACGACUGGAGCCCCCGCGGCCGCGGCGCGCCCCACGGCAACCUCAGGAAGACCCUGUCCGCAAACGCCAAGUUCUCCAUCACGCCGGCRUGGCAGAAGUUCGCAGAAUCUUCAAAAACCAGCCCAGACACUGAGGGAGCGAGCGCGGCARCGGGCAAAGAGGCGGUGACCGCGGGGAGAGGCGCCGGCUCAUCCGCCGGCCCCGGUGGAGAGGGYGCUCUUAAGGAUAACACGCCUGAAGCGGCAAAGGAAAAGUCGGAAGCCCCUAGCGAGGUGACAGACAACACAGAGGGCUGUAAAUUUGCAAAAGAUCUUCCAUCUUUUCUUGUUCCAAGUUUUCCUCAUUCUCCAGGCAAAGAAUCRUCUCAGGCAGAGUUGCCAGGUGCUUUGGAAAAUCAGCAGAAUAACAGCACAAGGAAAGCAGAUAAAGCAACACCAAAUGGAGAAGAAAACUCUUCUCCUUUCGGAAUUAAGUUACGGAGGACAAACUACUCUCUGCGCUUCCAUUAUGAUCAGCAGGUCGAGCAGAGGAAAAAGAAAAGGUACAGCGCCGGGGACAGCUUUGACGGGGUGCCCGACCCGCUCGUUGCAGCCGAAGGUGAGAAAGACUCGGCCGUGUUUGCAGCGCAGGGGAGCGCGUCGCCGGGAGCAGCAAGGGCAGCUGCUCCUGGGGACGUGAAAGACCUGAAAGAGCCUCGAGCCGCUGCGAUGGAGCCGGCGCCGCCAGCGGCCGCCCCGGCGCCCGCAGCUGCCCCCGCUCCCGAGAAGCUGCCGGGCAGGGCGCUGGGCGCCCAGAAGCCGGCGCUGGCCCCCAAGCCCAGCAGCCAGACGCCGCCGGCCUCCCCUCUCUCCAGGCUGAACAGGUCGGGCUUGGCGGACGCCCCGGGGCCGAAGCUGGUGAAGGCCGAGUCRGACGGCGGCUGGAAAAGGGAAGGCAGAGGCAGCGCAGCGCCCGCCGCCGCCCUCAGCGCCUGCAGGAGCGAAGAGGAGGAGACCAGGGAAAAGAAAUCGUUCUUCCCGUCUUUAAGUAUCCCAUGGAGAGAAAGGAAUGACAAAAAGCCCGAGCCACUGAAAAAAGAAAAGCCAGUCCUGCAGAGCAGACACUCCUUAGAUGGCUCUAAACUGAUGGAAAAAGUGGAAACUUCACAGCCGCUUUGGAUUACAUUAGCCCUUCAAAAACAGAAGGGGUUUCGUGAGCAGCAGGCCACGAGGGAAGAGAGGAGACAGGCCAGGGAGGCGAAGCAAGCAGAGAAGCUGGCCAAGGAGAACGCUGCUCUGAGUAGUCAGUCCGACAGCAAAAGCAGCAGCAAAGGGAGCACCCUGCAGAAACCCGCACCCCAGGAAGGGGAGAAGAAACUGGAGACGGCUGUGUCGAGGCUGGAAAGGAGGGAGCAGCUCAAGAAGUCCAACACGCUUCCAACUUCAGUGACAGUGGAAAUUUCGGAUUCGGUUCCCUCGACGCCGCUGGCGAAGGAGGUGGCCAAGAGAUUCUCGACGCCCGAAGCCAACCCUGUGUCCACGGAACCGGCGUGGCUGGCGCUGGCCAAGAGGAAAGCGAAGGCCUGGAGUGACUGUCCGCAGAUCAUCAAGUAGCGGCAGCUCCGCGGCCGCCGCUCGCGCGCGACGGGUCACGGGCCUCAGUUCCCUUCCGCUUCCUASCCAGGGCAGCGCCGCCCGCGCGCCGACACCGACCGAGACCCUGCGACCCUUUGGCUCCAGCUCCCUGUACAGUCUACUCAAACCAUAUCGUCCUUUCCUUCGGCAAGUAGCUAAAUGAGGUCAAGGCAAUUUAUUUCAGAGCCAAACUCUCAAAAAUUGAAGACUGCUCAGAUGCUGGUGUAAAUUUUAGCCAUUCUAACAAUAAGGGCCAGAACUUCUGUUCAGAAGCUCUUGAAAUUCUGGGAGAAUUUGGCUCUGGAACUUUCAAUCUCUACCCAUCAAGGGGAGAUCUUAGAAAAGCCUUUCAAAACUCUGUUGUUGACAAGUGAUGCAAGAUGCAUGCUCCCUUUUUCCCAAUUUAUUUUUAAUUGUUAAGCUGUAUCAACUGUUAGUUCUACUUGCUAGUUGAGAGUUUCUUCCUUAAGGAAGAACUUCAGGAGACCUUUCCACCUGCAAAUGCUAAGAAAGAAGAUGGUAGCAUCCAAAUCCAAGAAUUUACCUACUGUAUUUUGUGCUAGCUUUAAUACACUGGAGCUGUAUUCCCUCCAUGUUAGGAAGAAAACAGUUCUCCCUGCCUAACAAAAACUACUGUUUAAACAACCCCCAAAAGUCUCCAGAAGGAAGCCGGGGACAGAGUGUUCCUCCUAGUCCUGUGAGUGCACGACCUGCUCAGCCCUAUUAAGGCGGGCAGAGCUGCUGCUUACCAGUGAGAAUGGUUAAAGCAAUUGUAAGGAACUAAAAUAAGCUCCAGCUCAGCCAAACACUGCACUGCUUUUACAACCAAAAUAGAAGGGGUCGCGCCCUCCCACUUACAAAAAGGAUAAAGUCCAUCAUGCAGUGAAACUUUUUCUAUCCUUAACAGCCCCAAAGAGCUAUGUUUAUCAUUUAAAAAGCCACCCUAGCAAAUAAAUCCUUAACACACCCAAGUUUGAAUUUUACAGGGAUGUCUUUUCAGGAGGGACGUUCAAAUUCAUUAGCCAUAGGGCUUAGAGAGUCUUAAAGUCUGUGGCACUACAAAGGGGAGAUCAUUUAAGGA